AUGGCCUCACGAUCAUCUCACAACAAGAAUAACUCAGCCGUCAAGCGCAUCCUUCAGGAGGCUAAGGAACUCGGUAACGAUACUUCUACGGACUACUGUGCCGCCCCACUAGAGGAGGAUAUCUUCGAAUGGCACUGUACUAUACGCGGUCCCGCCGAUACAGAAUUUGCUGGAGGACUAUACCACUGCCGCGUUCUCCUUCCCUCGGAAUACCCCUUCAAGCCCCCAAGCAUCAUGCUUCUUACGCCGAAUGGACGAUUUGAGCUCAACAAGAAGAUCUGUAUUUCGUUCACCGCGUACCACGAGGACCUUUGGCAACCAGCGUGGGGAAUUAGGACUGCUAUCGUUGGGUUGCAAGGGUUCUUCCCUAUCAAAGGAGAGGCUGCGAUUGGUAUAGGAGCCUUGAAAGUUUCUGCGACAGAGACGAGACGGCUGGCAGCGGCUUCGAGAGAUUGGGUAUGCCCGAACUGCGGAAUACCAAACAAGGACCUCCUCCCGGAGGUUCGAGAAAAGCAUUCGCAUCCAAAGGAAGACUCGCACGACUCACUCGUCGCUCAAACUAAUCCACAAGGAGCUCAUGUGCAUGCUACGGUGAAGGCUGGUUCACCUCAGGUUGAACCCGCACCGUCGAACGAUGAAACAGGAGACGUUACGAAGACAACGCCUUCGGUUCCCGUGGACCUUUCUGCACCUGUCGUUCUUCUUGCACCGUCUGCCGGCCCCUCGCUCCAAGGUGCUUCACCCUCAACCACACCAGCCGCCAUCUCUCCUCCUGCCCCUGCUCCCCCGACGCCCGUUCCGACACCAGCACCUUCGCUGCUAGAACGCCCGCCCACCUCGCGCACCACCGCUGUUUUGCGGCUCGAACCUCUCCCUAGCCGUCCACCACUCUACCUUGACGGCCUUAUCGUCGCUCUCGUCGCGGUGAUGGCGUAUAUUCUCGCAAAGAAAGUUGGGAUGCAGCAAGCGAUAUUCGCGACGCUGUGA